AUGGGAGUAUGUGGGGCGUGGUACUUAUCCGAGUGCACCGAAGUCACAUGUUGCGAAUCCUACCGAUUUCGUCUCUACAUUUUAUUGUUUAGUGUACUAUGUGUCUUGGCUGCCAUACUUGUAGGCGCUGCAUGGUUGUUAUUGGAAUUUCGUCCAUCAUACAGACUUUACCUUACUGCUUGCAAAAUGGAUUCUUCGAAUGGAGUAGACAGAAGUCGUAGUAUCGGUCAACAAACGGGUGUUCGAUGAAACCGAGUUCGCCGUACUGAUUCCGAACAAGCUCGUAUUGAAAUGAGGUCUUUCGAGGAGACGAAAUAUCUACGACGUUAUUCUGAACUGAAGUAA